GAUAUGGUUUGAUUAAUGCCAAUGUCCCUAUAUCUAUAAUAACCCAUCAAUGUGGAUCAUUAUUAACCAUCACUUUCUUAAUUAUACCAUCUCUUGCAAUUAAGUUAAACAAUGGCUUCAAGAAAUGGUGAAGAAGAGAAAGCUGAACUAGGCUUCAAUGAUGUUCAUGAGACAAAGACAAACAAGGAUUGGAUCCUUUUGUCACUUAGAGUGGUUGCAUUUUUUGCCACUACAGCUGCAACUCUUGUGAUGGCACUCAACAAACAGACCAAGAGUUUGAUUGUUGGCACCAUUGGCAACAAUCCAAUAACUGCUACUCUUUCUGCAAAGUUUAAUCAAACUCCAGCCUUUGUGUUCUUUGUGAUAGCAAAUGCAAAUGCUAGUUUCCAUAACUUGGUGAUGAUAGCAUUGGAUGUAUUAGGACCCCAAUAUGAUUACAAAGGACUUCGUCUUGCAUUGAUUGCAAUAUUAGACAUGUUAACUAUGGCUCUAGCAUCAGCUGGAGAUGGAGCAGCAACAUUCAUGUCAGAGUUAGGAAGAAAUGGUAAUUCACAUGCAAGGUGGGUUAAGAUAUGUGACAAAUUUGAAAGCUAUUGCAAUAGAGGUGGUGGUGCACUCAUUGCUUCUUUCAUUGGUUUCAUUCUUCUUUUGAUUAUCACAGUGAUGUCCAUUGCUAAGCUUCUAAAGCCAAAUCGCAUUAAUCAUGCUACCAGUCCUUGAUGAUAUGAUACAUAUAUACCUUUGUGUUAUACAAAUGAACCUAUGUUGUUUUCUCUAUGUUCACUUUCCUUUGUUUGAGUGUUAGUGUUUGAUAUAUGUAAUUAGUUAUACUUGAAAGAUAAAUAAAAUAGUAUAGAAUUGAAUCUU